GAAGGCGCGUCUGCCCCGCGACAACGCGUCUCGCUCCAAAUUCACUAUUUCCCGAUCAACAGAACUUCAUACACAAGUCAAGAUGGCGCCAGCAGCAGUCGAAGCCAGCACCGCGAUUGAGCCUCAGCUUCAAGUCAAGACGGAAAACGGUACCGUCAAUGGGCAUACGAAACCGCACGAAGAGUACCAAUAUUUGAACCUCAUUCGAGACAUUCUACAACAUGGUGAACAUCGCCCCGAUAGAACUGGAACUGGCACGCUCUCUAUCCCAUUCCCACCGCAACAUCGCUAUACUCUUUCCAAACCAGAUGGGACAUUAGUAUUGCCACUCCUGACCACGAAACGCGUCUUUCUACGUGCGGUGGUAGCAGAGUUGCUGUGGUUCGUUGCAGCAGAUACCAAUGCGAAGACGCUCCAGGAUCAGAACGUUCACAUCUGGGAUGGUAACGGGUCUAGAGAGUACCUAGACAGCGUUGGACUUUCUCACCGCGAAGAAGGCGAUCUUGGGCCAGUCUAUGGAUUUCAAUGGAGACAUUUUGGUGCCGAGUACAAGGAUUGCCAUACAGACUAUACUGGACAAGGAGUGGAUCAGCUGGCUGAGGUCAUUCACAAGCUCAAGAACAAUCCUUACGACAGAAGAAUCAUUAUGUCUGCCUGGAAUCCCGCAGAUAUGAAGAAGAUGGCUUUGCCACCUUGUCACAUGUUUGCCCAGUUCUAUGUUUCGUUCCCCAAGGACGCAAGCACGAGGGGAAAUGGCAGUAAGCGCGGUGUUCUCCAUUGUCUACUCUACCAACGCAGCAACGACAUGGGCCUAGGGGUGCCAUUCAACAUUGCUUCGUACGCACUGUUAACACACAUGAUUGCGCGCGCCACCGACCUGGUUCCUGGCAGUCUAACGCAUACGAUGGGAGAUGCGCACGUCUAUCUGGAUCACAAGGAAGCCUUAGAGGUACAAUUACAACGAGAGCCGCGCGACUUUCCGACGCUGGAGAUAUCGAGAGAAGUGGGUUGCAGUAUUGAUGGAUGGAAAGCGGAAGACUUCAAAGUUGUUGGAUACGAGCCGCACAAGUCCAUUGCCAUGAAGAUGAGUGUAUAGAGAAUCUUCCAUGACCGGAGACGAAAGGUGCUCUCUAUCUGAGUGGCCACAUUGUCAGCAACAUUUGCCCGGCACGAAUCUCAGGACGAGAAUACGUCCGAUGCUUUUGCUGUUGAUUUCGGACGCUGCAACAGCCAUUCGAGAAGAUUACAAUACAUUUGUGCAAGCGAGCAACGAUC